UGCCAAUUCUCUUACCUAUUUUACAAUAUCAGGUAAUUGAGACGAUAGGUGUAUCAACAACUCGACUUCUCCCGCUGCUCUGAGCAGCACCCCUAACCUCUGCAGACUAGCGGUUGAAAAGCGAGGUUGCCUGUCCCGAUCUCAGUCACCCUAUUUAAUACUGCUGUAUUACAAUUCAGCAGCAGACCGAUGGUCGUCGAGAUUUUCUUGGUAUCGCGGAGGAUUCAAGGCGGAAUUGGUGCGAGGGUAGCAGUUGCAGAACCGCUCCAAGUUGAUACAAAAAAAAAAAAAAGAAGUCCAACGCUUUGACAUCCUGAUAUAUAAAAAUCCAUCCAUCUAGCCAUCCAAAAAGGCCGCCACCCCUCUAGACCAACUCGAUCGGGACAGCAGCCGAGUGUAUACAAUGGACGGAGGGGUCAAGAGGCGAUUGAGGAAUUCCACCGGGUCGGGGAGGGAUAUCCCGUCUAAAGGGGCCAAGGACUCGAUCCAGUUCGGUGACCCCUUGUCGGCGUCAACUCCACCUCGACCAUCACGAGGAGUAUCCAACAAAUCAUUCAACCCAUCGCCAUCCACUCGAUCUCGGUGGCAGGCUGUUAGGUCGUCACCCAGUGCACAGUCGGAACCGGCCCAACCACCGCCGACGUCGACUUCUGUACCCUUGGGCCUGAUCAGCGUGAGAAGCAUAUCGGUUGCUAGCACUGAGGAUGCAUCCGAGAUCAUCGUCAAGACGGGUGCUGCUGAGACGACAAGUUCUGAAGAGUCUAUGGUGUCUACGCCGCUGGGGACUGACAGUCCCCCAUUGAUGGAAGACCCUCUUCCCACGCUCAAGCCAUCCAUGUCAGCAAUGGUGGAAGAAGAUGCCGGCCCCUCAUGUUCAAGAUGCAUGUCAGAACUGAGCGAUCAGUCGGAAUUAUCUUCCGUUCCUUCUUCUCUAUCUAGUAAAGCCACCACACCCAUUGACCUCGAUCGUCCCGAGCCGCCGGUCCCGCCGGUACCGCCGGCGCCUGAGGCCUCUGAGGCCUCCGAGACAUCGAAGCCAUCAGCACCUUCCCCCGAGCCUGUCUGGGAGGAGCCGCAACCUUCCCCCGAGACUGUUCGUCCCCUUGAGUCUGUUCAGCCGCCACCACCACAACCUGCCCCACGGCCAGCCAAGUUCAGGAUAAAAUAUGGGCAGAACAAGAAAUAUGAUCUCAGACCGAGGACUUCGAUCCCGACCGACGUUUCCACUCAGGAGUAUGCCAUACAGUGCAUUGCGGCCGCUGAAUCCUCGAGACUAAACCCGUAUGCGCUUCACCCGGACGAGUAUUUGAUGCUCAGGGACCACAUCAGUCAAGCACAGAUAACCACGUACUUGAACCUCAGGAAUGGAAUAUUAAGGCUAUGGGUGCGAAACCCCACAUUCGUCCUGACGCGGGAGGAGGCUAUCGGUUGCGCUAAGGAUAGCCGCUGGUUUGACGUUGCAAGUGUCUGUUUUGACUGGCUUGUACGUGAAGGAUACAUAAACUUUGGCUGCUGUGAGGUUCGUCCGCUCCGGUCUAGACCAGGAGCUGCCGGCGCUCCAAGCAAACAAAAGACUAUUUUGGUGAUUGGGGCGGGUCUUUCGGGUCUAGGUUGUGCUAGACAAUUACAAGGCCUGUUUGCACAAUAUGCCAGGCGAUUUCGAGAGCGAGGUGAGCUGUUACCAAAGGUGGUGGUCCUAGAGGGCAGGUCCAGAAUUGGUGGAAGGGUCUACUCGCGACCUUUUAGGACGGCACCGCCCGUUCAAGGGGAUGGCCCCCGGAGGAGAUACACUGCCGAGAUGGGAGGCAUGAUCAUCACAGGGUUCGACAGGGGAAACCCGAUAAACAUUCUUAUUCGCGGUCAGCUGGGUCUCGGCUGUCACGCGCUUCGGUCGGAUCUCAACCUGGUCAACAUUUACGAUACCAAUGGCAAGCCUUUCGACUCAGAUCGAGACAUGCUGAUCGACAAGCUCUACAAUCACUGCAUCGAAAGAGUUGCAGAGUACAAAUGGAAGCUGCCACUGCCUAAGCUGCUGGAAGGCAAGCGAGACUUGAUCGACGAGGGCAAAGACAGCUGGGCAGAAGUCCACAAGACUAUUAGCUACGUGGAAGAGACGGCAGCAGCACAGCCGCAAGCUCCAUCUGUGGCCGAACAGAAUAUUGCACCCCGAGUCGAUCUAGUUCCAGUCUCGUCAGACCGAGCUACGGGUCGGGUUCAUCUCGAGCCUGGAACACCCGCGGCACACAAGGCAGCACACACUGUAAAGCUGCUGGGCUGGAAUCUGAAGCAAGGUGUUGAUGAUGACGCCGACAUUGACAUUGGGCCGGCCGUCAAUGCCCCGGACGCUACGUUCGGGUCAGUUCUAGAUGAGACAAUUAUGCAGUUCAAGGACAUCGUGGACCUCAACUCCCAGGACAUGAGGAUGUUCAACUGGCAUGUUGCCAAUCUUGAAUACAGCAAUGCUACCAACGUUCACCAACUGAGCCUCAGGGGCUGGGAUAUUGACAUGGGCAACGAGUGGGAAGGCAAGCAUACCAUGGUGGUUGGAGGCUAUCAAAGCUUGGCACUUGGCCUUGCAGAGAUCCCCUCACCUUUGGACAUACAGUACAAAAAAGUGGUCAAGACCAUCAGGAAGACAUCAUCUGAUGAAGGUUCUAUACCUGCAGAGGAACAACACGGAUAUAAGAUUGAGCUAGAGGAUGGCACCAACAUAGAUGCCGACUACGUUGUCAACACAAUCCCGCUCGGCGUGCUAAAGCAUGGCGACAUAACGUUCGACCCGCCACUGCCAUCCUGGAAGUCAGACGCCAUUGAUCGUCUCGGCUUUGGAGUGCUGAACAAGGUCGUGCUCGUGUACGACCAACCCUUCUGGGAAGAGGACAAGGACAUAUUUGGCGUGCUGCGCGCACCUCAAAGUCGAUCAAGUCUGCAUCCGAAGGACUAUUCUUCAGGCAGAGGUCGGUUCUUCCAGUGGUUCAACGUGACCAACACCAGUGGCAUGCCUACGUUACUUGCAUUGAUGGCUGGCGAUGCCGCCUUUGACACGGAAAAGACACCAAACGAUGAUCUGGUUGCGGAGGCCACUGAGGUACUGCGAUCCAUCUUUGGUCAAUCUGUGCCUCAACCAAGGGAGUCAAUCAUCACCCGCUGGGCCUCAGACAGGUUUGCCCGCGGAAGCUACUCGUCUGCAGGCCCGGGCAUGCAGCUGGAAGAUUACGACCUGAUGUCGCGUCCCAUCGACAGGCUGUAUUUUGCAGGAGAACAUACUAGCGCGACACACCCCGCCACUGUUCACGGAGCUUACAUGUCCGGAUUGAGGGCUGCGGCCGAGGUGCUCAAUGACAUGCUCGGACCCAUAGAGGUGCAGACGCCCCUGAUUGUUCCCAAGGAGACCGGUACGACGUCUUCGCUGCUAAAGCGCAAGUCGACGGCUGAUCAGGUCCGGGAUCCGCAGAAGGAGGCCGAGGAUGCAUGGCAGCUUCAACUUUGGGAGCAUCAAUGGUCCGUUCUGGGCGACCACCCGUUGGAGCCUGCCAAAGUCGCAACGAAGGCUCACUUGCUCUUCUCCAAGGCGAACAUAGAGGCGGCGAGACAGAGAUGCCUCGAGGGGCGUCGUCCCGGCAAGGGCCCUCCCACUGCCCAUGAGGUCCGCGCCAUGGCGGGUAAGAUGUGGAAUGCAGCCUCUGAGGAGGAGAGGCGGCCGUUCAUUGACCAAGUUGCGACGCUCAAGGAAGCGUACGUCAAGGCAAUGGCGGAAUACUCGGAAAAGUCGGCUGAAUGGAACAAGCGGGCGCUUGAGAUUGCAGUCGAAUUUGAGAAGAAGAAUCCAAAACCUACAGCCGACGCCAACGCCAUCGUCGGCCCCAGCAGUCUUGAGGAGGAUGUCAAGGCAUCCAUACCCGCUGCCGCCCCGCCAGCUGUGGAGGAGGCUGGCCAUCAAGCCAAGAAGCCCGCUGUCGAGAAGGUCAACAUGAAAGAGGAUGGAGACGUCGAUAUGACGGGUUGAAAUCCGAGCUUUCCAAAGCUUCACCGAUUUGUUCAAGUUAUUCUUGGUAGCCCUCGUUUCUGUUUCCCCUACUCCAUGUUGUUUUAUUUUACGACUGGAUUGUUUGCAGAUAACAGUUGUUUUUGUGACGGUCUAAAGGGUUGUCUUGCAUGCACAUAUAUAUCACGUUUUCGCACCCCUCUACUCGGUUUGCGGGAGGUGGAAUUCUUCUUUCAUUCUGUAAUCAGUUGCUUCUAGCGAGGUAUUCGCGUGGACCAACGUAGGGUUCUAGCUUUAUUCGACCUUGCUACAUUCCAUCGCUUCUUUUUGUUUUUGUAAUUAGGGUUGAUUGUAUAUGCUUUGAGCGAGGAGGAGCAAACAUGGACGGGGAAAAGAGCGAAUUAACGAAACGAAACCUAAUAAGGCAUCGAUGCCCCAGUGCGUCUUUGGUGUAAUAUACUUUGUUCCGAGUG